GUCAAUCCAAGUUUGCUUUACUCAUUUUACUUCUUCAUUACUUGUUCUGUUACCAACUUCAGAGGUAUGUUGCUUACUUCCUUCAGUCCUUGUGAGCUUGCUUCCUUCCUUAAUUCUUGGUCUGAUUCUUUGCUUUCUUCAUUCCUUGUUUAAUUACCAGGUUCAGUGGUUUGUCGUUUACUUCCUUUGAUUCCUUGUUUACUUAGUUUUUUUUUCCUUGCUUCCUCAUUAGCUUCUUGCUUCACUGUGUACUUGAUUUCUUGCUUACAUGGUUAACUUGAUUCCUUGCUUACGUGCUUAAUUUCUUACAUACUUUCUUUUCCUUAACUACUUGAUUUGCUUAAUUUGUUUUCCUCAUUUUCUAUCCUUAACUUGCUUUCUUAUUUGCUCAUGAACUGUCUCUGUUUAUUAAAUAUUUGCUUUGCUUUAGAUCGUUCUAGGACUAUUCAAAGUCCUUCAGAGCAACCAAUCAGCUAAGUUAUAACUGUCUUAACUUGUCAGACCAAAUAAACUAAGCUAGAUAAAGUUUAUUUGAUUAUUUCUUAUCAUUCAAUUUAUAGAACCUUUAAGCAGUGCUAGAAGUUUCUGGAAAAACUUCAUCUUAGAGUUAAACAAUACAUUCCGCCAACAAUGAACUGUCACUUGUAUGGCUGAGACAAGCUCAAGAAUCAUUAGAAAAUGUACUCAUCGAUCUCUAUAAGGUGGAAGAACUAAAGAGCAAGUUGAGCUCUUAAAGCUAAACUUUGGAUGAUAUAUCAAGAAGAAGCAUUCAAUGGAAAACCAGCAAAGAUUGCGAGAUCUCAUGGCCGAAAUUUCAGGUCACGGUCGAGAAGGAAACCUCUAGGAUAUUGCCGUGUAUCGGAAACUCAAGUGAUAGAGCCAGAUGCAAACAAGGCUUGUAAAAAGUUGCCAAACAUAAAGUGCAUUGUCGAAGUCUUACUGAAGUGGCUAGAAGGAAUGAAGAAAAAACUUUUCAAAGCAAAGAGUCAGGUUGGAAUUAUAUUUGAGGCCAAGAAAGAAGAUAUUUUGGAUAAGGACGAGGACGAGGGCAAUGAUGGAUACUAUAUGGAUGUGGAGUUGCAUGGCCAUAGCAAGGAUUCAAGUAUAUUCAGAACCAGAGUCUUCUUAAAGUGGAUGAGUGAGACGAUGGACCACUUUGACACAAAACAAGAUCAGCUCUUUGAACAAGAUAUAUCUGAUGUAAAUUUUGAUGCCAGACACAACAAAUACUGUGAGAUCUCAUGGCAAGAAAUUUCAGGUCACGGUCGAGAAGAAACCACUAGGAUCUUGAGUCAGGUUGGAGAUGCUUAUAACCAAAUUUGGGUUGUGAAGCCUGAGGAAAAGAUGAAACUCCUGAAAAAUACGAAAGAUCAAGGAACGUAAGGAGAAAAUAUAUGUAGCUGGUUCUAACAUAAGGAGAUCGCAACAUUCAAAUGAUAUUUCAUUAAAAGUGGAAAGUAUUUUGGAUGGGGGCGAGGACAACGAUGGGAAAUAUAUGAAUGCAGUGUCGCAUGGCCAUAACAAGCCUUCCUCAAUUUUUAAAUCUAAGAAAUCUAAGGCAUCGCUUUGAGGUUGAUUGUUAUAUAGUAUACACAUUUUGGCAUUAUCUUCGUUUGGAUCUAUCUAUUCAUAUUUUUGGUACAUAUGACAGAUCCAAGUAUAUCA